GGCAGCAUCCAGAGCAUCCUCGCAGGGGUGUGGCUCCCCUCGCCCCUCCUCCAAUCGGAACUUUUUAGGAGGGGGCCUGCCAAGAAGAUCGAUGCAGGGUUGCUAGGAGAUAGCAGCGUCUCCCCUUCUUGCCCCGGCUGCCGGUGCAGGUGCAGAGCAGUGGGGAAAGCAGCUGAUCGCAUUGCUCCGUGUGUGGCUCAUGCAGUCACCCAGCAGCAUGGGAGCGCAGGAUGCUCCUGCUUCCGAGGACUCCUUGCUGGUCCCAGCUCCCGGGCCGCGCCGAGAGCAAGAGGCAGCUUCAAAGUUAUCCCUAGAGAAAUAAUCCUCCCCCCGCGGAUCUGCAGGCAGCUGGUGCUGGCUGGGAAUAGGAAGCCUGCACAAUCUGCCCCCCUCGCCUCCCUUCUCUUGACAGCCCCGGCCAGGCUGGUAAUUUAAGGCUCUGCACCAAGCUCCCCCCAGCUGAAAGGAGGGGAAGGAAGGAUGCGGCUCCGCAGCAGGGAGCCCCCAGUAGAAGCCUGGCCGUGGCGAGCCCCAGUCGGGCCGGUGCGCGGGAAGCGGGCUCAGGAGAAGCGAGGCGCAGGGAAGCGGGGGGUUAAUUGGUGAGCGCAGAUCCCCCCCCCCUCACACCCAGUCUCCCCCCUCCCUGCCAGGCGCACGGGAGGCCUUGAUGCGCUGCCAGCGGGACUCGGUCUAGAGCCGGGGGGGACGCGGGAGGCGCUGCUCUCCCCACACAAGUUUGGACUUUCCGGGGGGUGGCAAACUCCCUCGCGGAUCUUAAAGGGCAAAUGAGAGGGAGCGCGGAGCCCGGCAGCGAUCCGGAGCCCAGGAGCAGCCGCACCCCCGGGAGGUACCUUCCCGCACGAGAUUUCUGCCGGGAUUUGGCUGCUCCCAGGACCCUAAGCUUGGAGUUCUGUAAACGAUAUAAAAUAACUAUCCGCGCAUGUAUCCAGCCGUGUGUACAUAGAUGUGCAUAUCUGUGGGCUUGAUGGAAAGUCUUGUUGGCUUGUUCUUCCCUUGCUUGUGGGACAGCACUUCACAUUUGGCAAUGGGUCAAGAGGACUAAGGGGCAUGUCUACUUCUGCCCAUGCUUCUUAAAGCUGCCAAAACAGGACCAAUGAAGAUGUUCACUAGGCUGCAUGUGCUUGCCCUUGCUUUGCUCUCCAAAGGAGUUUUCCUUUCCCUAAGUGACCAUAACUUUUUAAGAAAGGAAAUUAAGAUAGAAGGAGACUUAGUCUUAGGUGGUUUAUUCCCAAUUAAUGAAAAAGGCACCGGGACAGAAGAAUGUGGGAGAAUCAAUGAAGACCGAGGCAUCCAGCGCUUGGAGGCUAUGCUGUUUGCCAUUGAUGAAAUCAACAGAGACAAUUACUUGCUCCCAGGAAUUAAGCUUGGAGUUCAUAUUUUGGACACAUGUUCAAGGGACACAUACGCUUUAGAACAGUCUCUGGAGUUUGUCAGGGCAUCUUUGACAAAAGUGGACGAAGCGGAGUAUAUGUGCCCCGAUGGAUCUUACGCCAUUCAAGAAAACAUUCCAUUACUCAUUGCAGGUGUCAUAGGUGGUUCUUACAGCAGUGUCUCCAUACAGGUUGCAAAUUUGCUGAGGCUAUUCCAGAUCCCUCAGAUCAGCUACGCUUCCACCAGUGCCAAGCUGAGUGACAAGUCCCGCUAUGAUUAUUUCGCAAGGACAGUCCCCCCCGACUUCUAUCAAGCAAAAGCAAUGGCUGAGAUCUUACGGUUCUUCAACUGGACCUAUGUGUCAACGGUUGCCUCAGAAGGAGACUAUGGAGAGACAGGGAUCGAAGCCUUUGAACAGGAGGCUCGCCUCCGGAACAUCUGUAUUGCCACCUCAGAGAAGGUUGGCAGGUCCAACAUCAGGAAGUCCUAUGACAGUGUGAUCAGAGAGCUGCUUCAGAAACCCAACGCAAGAGUGGUCGUGCUCUUCAUGCGUAGCGAUGACUCUCGGGAGCUCAUUGCUGCCGCUAACCGAUUCAAUGUUUCCUUUACGUGGGUCGCCAGUGACGGCUGGGGGGCCCAGGAAAGUGUUGUCAAGGGCAACGAACAUGUAGCUUAUGGAGCAAUAACCCUGGAACUUGCGUCCCACCCAGUUAAAGAGUUUGACAGGUACUUCCAAAGUCUCAAUCCUAAUAAUAACCAUCGCAAUCCUUGGUUCAGGGACUUCUGGGAGCAAAAAUUCCAGUGCAGUCUCCAGAACAGAAAGCCGCACAGAAAAGCUUGUGACAAACACUUAAAUAUCAACAGUUCCAAUUACGAGCAGGAAUCCAAGAUCAUGUUUGUGGUGAAUGCUGUGUACGCGAUGGCCCACGCUUUGCACAAAAUGCAACGGACACUGUGCCCCAACACCACCAAACUUUGCGAUGCCAUGAAACUUCUGGAUGGCAAGAAGCUGUAUAAAGAUUACCUACUGAAAGUUAACUUCACAGCUCCAUUUAACCCUCCCAAUGCUGCGGACAGCAUGGUCAAAUUUGACACCUAUGGAGAUGGGCUAGGCCGAUACAACGUGUUCAAUUUCCAGUACGCCGGAGGCAGAUAUUCCUACCUGAAGGUUGGUCACUGGGCAGAAAUCUUGUCACUGGACGUAGACUCAAUUCACUGGUCCAAAAGCUCUGUCCCCACUUCCCAGUGUAGCGACCCCUGUGCUCCUAAUGAAAUGAAGAAUAUGCAGCCAGGAGAUGUCUGCUGUUGGAUCUGCAUUGCCUGUGAGCCCUUUGAAUACUUGGCUGAUGAAUUUACCUGUGCAGACUGUGGGCUUGGGCAGUGGCCCACUGCUGACCUGACUGGCUGCUAUGACCUACCAGAAGACUAUGUCAAGUGGGAAGAUGCCUGGGCAAUAGGCCCUGUUACCAUUGCAUGUCUAGGUUUUAUUUGUACCUUCAUGGUUGUGGCAGUCUUUAUCAAGCACAACAACACUCCCCUGGUCAAAGCUUCCGGCCGUGAACUGUGUUACAUAUUACUCUUCGGGGUCUUCCUGUCUUACAGCAUGACAUUCUUCUUCAUAGCCAAGCCUUCUCCGGCCAUCUGCACCUUACGCCGUUUGGGGCUGGGAAGUUCUUUUUCAGUUUGCUAUGCCGCCCUGCUGACAAAGACAAACUGCAUAGCCAGAAUAUUUAACGGUGUGAAGAAUGGUGCUCAACGGCCUAAAUUCAUCAGCCCCAGCUCUCAGGUCUUCAUCUGCCUGAGCCUCAUCUUGGUACAGAUCAUGGUGGUGUCUGUGUGGCUUAUAGUAGAGUCCCCGGGCACCAGACGGUAUACUCUUCCUGAGAAAAGGGAGACUGUCAUAUUGAAAUGCAAUGUCAAAGAUUCCAGUAUGUUAAUCUCCUUAACAUAUGACGUAAUCCUUGUUGUCUUAUGCACUGUAUAUGCCUUCAAAACAAGGAAGUGCCCAGAAAACUUCAACGAAGCCAAGUUUAUCGGUUUCACAAUGUACACAACAUGCAUCAUUUGGCUGGCCUUCCUCCCCAUAUUUUAUGUGACAUCUAGUGACUACAGAGUGCAGACCACCACCAUGUGCAUCUCUGUCAGUCUGAGUGGCUUUGUUGUGCUCGGCUGUUUGUUCGCGCCCAAAGUGCACAUCAUCCUCUUCCAGCCACAGAAGAACGUGGUCACUCACAGACUCCAUCUCAACAGGUUCAGCGUCAGUGGGACCGGAACCACUUACUCCCAGUCAUCUGCUAGUAUGUAUGUUCCGACAGUCUGCAAUGGACGGGAAAUCCUAGAUUCUACCACCUCAUCUCUGUGAUUGUGACUCGCAGUUCAGUUCUCGAGUUUUUAGACUGUUAAACAAAA